UCUUACAUCCUCCACCCCCCCCGCCAUCUUAGCGCUUGACCGCGUUGGCCUCGGCAGCGCCUUUGAGGUGGAAAUAAAACAAUUCCAUUUCAAUUUAAAAGUGCAGCGAUCGCGUUGUCAUUGUGCGAGGACGGUGUUGGGACCCGGUUGACAAUCAAGAGAUUUGUGUGGUUUCAGAGUCGAAAGAGACCAAUGCCUAAAGUCAGUCCACCAAAAAGUGACAAAAGAAAUGAUGAUUCAAAGAGGCGGUCUCCUGAGCGGUCAUCGGGCCAAGACUCGAGGCACCGCUCGACCCGUGAUAAGUCCCGGUCACCCUCGUCUCGCGAUGGCCACCGCGACUCAUCAGCAAGGAGUGGCAGAGAAAAGCGUGCCAGCCGGGAGCGUCGUGACGACCGCAGGCGUUCAAAGGAGGGGUCACGUGAGCGGAGGACCUCGCGGGAGAGGGAUGACAGGAGGGUGCCACGGCUUUUCCCAUCCCGGGACAGGAUGGCCUCGCGGAAUGAGCGGCCUGUGUUCCAUGGCGGUCCCCAUUACAUAAUGAACAGCAAACCACUGAUGGGCAGCAUGCCUGGCCGGGGUGGAAUGCCUUGCAGAGGGGGGAUGCCCAAUAGGGGUGGCAUGGGGGGCAUGCACGACCGAGGGGGCAUGCACGACCGAGGGGGCAUGCACGACAGGGGGGGCAUGCACGACAGAGGGGGCAUGCACGACCGAGGGGGCAUGCACGACCGAGGGGGCAUGCACGAUAGGGAGGGCAUGGGUGGAAGAGACGGCAUGUACGAUAGGGAGGGCAUGGGUGGUAGAGGCAGCAUGUUCGAUAGGGAGGGCAUGGCUGGCAGAGGAGGUAUGAUUGAUAGAGGAGGCAUGCACGAAAGACGGGACAAUUACGGAAGAGGGGGCAUGCGAGAAAGAGGGGGCAUGCACGAAAGAGGGGACAUGCACGAAAGAGGGGGCAUGCACGAAAGAGGGGGCAUGCACGAAAGAGGGGGCAUGCACGAAAGAGGGGGCAUGCACGAAAGAGGGGGCAUGCACGAAAGAGGGGGCAUGCACGAAAGAGGGGGCAUGCACGAAAGAGGGGGCAUGCACGAAAGAGGGGGCAUGCACGAAAGAGGGGGCAUGCCCGGUCGGGGGGGCAUGUCCGGCAGGGGGGGCAUGUCCGGCAGGGGAGGCAUGCCUGGCAGGGGUGGCUAUGGAAAUAACGGACCCAACACUUCGCUGUGGGGUGAAGAGGACCAGAACGAGCCGCCUUUCAGAGGGCCAUCAUACGAUGAUGAAGACCAGCGACCAGCCAGAGACAUGCCUUCAUCAGGAGAUGAAAUCAAGCGUGAAGAGCUCUACCUAAAGUUCUAUGAUGAAAUUCAAAAACAGUACGACAGUGAGAGACCUGUGGACUGUGUUGUCAUUGUGGCUUCGCGGCAGCAAAAGGACUAUGCAGAGAAUAUAGGAAGGCAAGCUCGGAAUAUGGGCCUCACUGUGGAUCUCAUCAUGCUGAGCUCGCAGAACCUCCUGGGCCAGGCCCUGAACGAUGUAAGGAAUGGAGGCUCCGCCUUCGCCAUCGCCGUGAUGCCCCAACACGUGACGCACAACUGUUGCUCCGUCCACGUCCUUCAGGGGAACAAGCAACAGCACCACGACACGCCUCUGCCCAUGGCCAUGGAGCUCGUGGGUCGCGAGUUUGAGUCUUACAUGGGCAACCUACGCGAGCGGCGGCGGAGUGAGAUCGCCAGACAAGCAGCCGAGCGCGCCGACAGCGUCUUGCGGCGCCAGCAGCGGCCGAACCGUUUCUCGGAAGUGCCGGAAUUCCGAACCAGCUUUUCGACACAGGCCCCCGCGCGCGCCCCACCAGCUCCGGACACCCUGGCCCCACCCCUACAAGCGCGAGCGUCGCCCACAGAUUCACCUUACCGGCCCGGUCCCGCGCGCGGCAACACGUCCGGGUACCCGAGUGAGCAGGCGGCAGCGCCAGCGGCCUACUCGCAGCAUGCCAACUCGCUGUCGUCGCUACGCAGCGCUCUGAGCGAGGGGAAGGACAUGUCCCUGGAAGAGCUGGAUCGCAUCUCGGAGCAAGUGCGCUUUCUGCGUGAAAAGGCGCUCAACGAAAGAGGAAUGCGUAAUCAGCCAGCCGCCCCGCCACGCUUGGCUGAGGGAGGGAUUGGAAUGCACCAUCUUCAACAGAACACACCACAGGCUCACCAGAGACUUGACCAACAACUGCCCAACAUGGCAAGCAAAGCCGUAGGUGCGUACGGUAACAGAGCGGCGGCCGACGCGCCCGGCGCUGCUUUUAACAGCGGUAACAACAACGGUGGCGGCGGUGGAGGUGCAAUGGCGGCGGGGAUGGGGAGGCAGGGGAGCUUGCCCCCAUCGGGCCACAUGGCGGGCAGACAGCAGGCGAACAACAUGGGGCAAGUGGCGGCGUCUCGUCCUCUCUCCCCGCUGCGACGCAACUCACGCUGGCUGCCAGGAACGCCGUCGGUAGGUGCGCAGUCCGAGUUGAGCCACGCACCCAUGGAGGAUGCGCUGCAGCCGCGCGCCACCACCUCUGCGCAGGGAGCUCAGGGUCAGGUCGGUGGUUACGGCAACUACGGCAACAUGGGCAGGGAUUUCUCGGACCAAGGCGUGCGAAUGCCGUCGCAGCAGCAGCAACUGGUGACUCCGCAACAGCAGGAGCGCGUCACCUCUGGGGGAGCGACCAGCACGGCAGUCGGUCCCACCACUGUAAACCCGUCGUCUAUCGACCUGGAUAACCCCAACGUGCGCAAGGCGCUUGACAUGCUCAUGCAGAGCGGUCCGGCGAUAUCGCAGCUCGUUAAGCAGGCAUCGGCUGCCGUGUCGCAGAAGGGGCAGUCGGCGGCUUUGGUGGAGCCGCAAGCACCCAUGUUUCGGUCGCCACCGCAACAACAACAGCAACAGCAGCAACAGCGGCCACUGAUGCAGCAGCAACAAAUGCCCUCGCAGCCGACCCACGGCAUGGGCUCGCAGGGCUAUGGAGAGGAGAAAGGUUGGGCCAGACAGCAGCAGCCAGCCUUCCGGCAGCAGCACCCGCAGUUCCAACAGCAGGCCCGCUGGGAUGAACAGUACCAGCAGCGCUACUGAAGCAUGAAUAUGGAACCACGUUUUGAGAAGUCUGGGCAACCCUACUUUAGGUGUAUUGAGAGGUCAGGGGUACACGAUGCAUUGCUUUAUGAAUAGUAGGGUAGAAGGCUUGCUGUUCCUCCGGCCACACACAAUCAUGUAAUGGGCGCAAAGCUGCACACAAACACCUAGAGAAAAGCAUUGUAUCGUGUACCCCUUGCUGUGGAGUUGGCACUGGGAGAGAGAAUGGUAAGUGCGUGUAUCAGGCAGCUGGUGUAAUGUUUUUCAACGGAGCGAGUGAAGCGUGUUCCCGGAGCAGCAGGGUCUACAAUUGAGCUGUGGUGCACUGCAAGAAAUUGAGGCUGGCAGUUUUCCACUGAUGCAGGGAGCAUCCUAAUGGUUGGAGGUGUGCUGGUGUGCAGGCAGUGUCGGUGUGGUUGAAUCAAGCGACUCGUAAAUUAUUUCCUGAUAAUUUAAGAAUGGUACACGUAAUAAUUAUAUAUUACGGAUAGUUAAGGAUAGUUUUUGUUCCGUGUCUUUGGAAAUGUUGGCACAUCAUGUAAGGAAGGAGCUUGCUGUGGCUUAGGUUUGUGGUGGAGACCAAGAUUUCUGAGUCUCUUUUUUGCCGAUGCUUUGGCGUUUAAAUGUGUUAACCCUGCUGCCCUGUUGCAAAAUUCAAUGGAGGGGGAAGAAAAUUGGGCAAUUCACAUGCGUUCACAAGACCAUAACUUUGGAAAUGAGGCAGUAUUUUUGCCCCUUUUUAUGCUCAAUUGUAGCCUGCUGCAAAAUGUGAUAGAAUAUUUGUUUGGGAAAUUAGCAAAACCUAUUUUCAAAUUUGUAUUUCUUUUCUUUAGAAUACAGUAAAUAAAACAUUCAAUGGACGUCACAUUACAUUCGUGAACAUUUUCCAGUUGUCUUGGUACUAAGAUAAAUUGCAAUGGUGAUUUUACUUUAGUGCUAAACGUGUGCAUGUAUAUCUGCCAUUUGUACUGCAGCAAAGUUAAAACCUGCUUCAUUCAUGUGACUUUUACAUGCAGUAGUUUAGGUUAUCUCAAGUUUUCCUUUUUUAAUGUUUUCGUUAUACACUCAUUUCCAUUGUGUAAACGAGGUUGGAUCUUGAACAAGUGCUCCGGCCAAUAACUGGAGGGACAGGAGGCUUUUACUCAAAAAUAUUCAUCAUCAGGCCCUCGAUGUAUUGAUGUUAUUUUUUUAUUAAUUUGCUACUGUAUUCAUUGACGUAUUCUUCCUUACAAAUUAUGUCCAGAUAAAAAAAUCCCAAUGCAAAAAGUAUGUUUUCAUGAGUCCUUAUAGCAGAUUUUAUUACAGUGCUUGGUCAUAUAUCCUAAUUUAUAUUAUCCUUAUGCUAUCCUAUUUCUCUAACGGUUUUUUAUAACCUCAUGCUUGGAUUGUGUAAAUUAUCUUGGAUUUAAACUGGUUUAAUAUUGAUCAAUUGAAUGUUGAUUUUAAAAAUGUUGGUGUAGUUUUGUCUAAAUGAAAUUGAAGUUCAAUUCGCUGAAGAGCAUUGUGUACGUUGCUUAAUAGGCUCAUAAAUCAUUGAGUCGUCGCAGUCUUUUUGCGUUAUUCAAAUUGACGAUUUAUUUGUAAACUUUUGCUGUCUAAAUUAGUAUGUUCUCCCAUGAUAUGUAUUAAUUGUUCCACACGACUAAUUGUAGAUUUGAUCACGUGGGAAAUAAAUUUGUUCUCGUCUUAACCGACUUUAAUUUUAAGGUAAUCUUACCUAUAAGAUCGUGCAUGCCGUUGUCCCAAAAUCUCUGUCCUCCACUAUGCACCCCGUAUGCCCAGACUACAUGAGGAGCUGAUUACGUUUUUCUAUAUUCCACGGGCAUGUUACCCAUCGCAUAAAAAAAAAAUGCUUCUCUCUAAAAGCCACAUGGAACUGGUGUGCUGCUUGUCCAUGGAACUGAUAAAAAGCUAGAUUGAAAAUGUUUUGGGGGUUUCCAGUAAUUUCAUAUUUUUGUCAAAUCCAACAAUUUAGAUUACAGUUCACCCAUAUAUGUACCCCGUUUUAUACUCUUAAUUUUUGAGUAUUUUUGGUAUUCAACAGCGAUUUUUUUUCUCUCUCGUAACGUAUACGACUGGUUUAUUACAUAUAUUCAACACUUAAGUGUAUUUAUGGAGGUUACACAUUGAGACCUGCGUGGUGAAUUGUACACUACGUUAAUUACUAGCAAAUAAUUUGCAUACAUUGAAAAAUAGAACAUGUCUAUGCAUUGAAUGUGCAAUUCAGUGCAUGUAAUGUGAUCCAAUGGCGGAGCCAAGAUUUUCAGGUAUGGGGGGGCAAUCCCUCCAAUGAAAAAUUAUAGUUAGGACUUGUCCCAUGCUUUUUAUCCGACGCGUGUGCGGCGAUGGCGCAGCCAUCGAUUGAGGGUCGAUUUCGAACCGCGUGUGAUCGGCAUCGCGCUCGCUGAAGGUGAAUGCCUUCAGGGAAGUGGGAUACUGUAUAAGCAACUGUGCACAAUUCUGAGUUACUUAUAACUGUUUUACCGUUACUUAUUGCCAAUUAUGGACACUGACUAUUGUCCUAUCAUCUCAUAGAGUCCCGUGCAAGUAAUAAUAUGCUACACCAGUGGCAGUGGGGGUCGCAAAAUGCCGAUUUAUUACUAAUAAACCUCAAUGAUCCGAUCGAAAUUAGGGAUUUCGAUGGGAUCAUUGGGUGGGAACGUGCCACCCCCCCCCCCCCCCAUUGGCUCCGCCAGUGAUGUGAACAUAAUUUUAAUUCCUGAAUAGUUUUACGAUUCGUGCUUAUUACAACACUUGUUCUGUAAUAAUACAGAAUCGUUUCUUAAAAUGUCAGCCUCAAUCCACUGCUAGAUGAAGGCUAAAGCAUGCCACGUAAUCAUGGGGGUUACUUGACAUUUGGCCAAACUUUGCCACGAUGUUAAGUGGGUGUGUGAAGAGGGUGGGGCAUGAUCAGUUGAAAUAUUGCUUCUGGAGUGAACUGAAUUGGGCAUUCGGAUUCGAACUUGGGUCACCGGAGUGCAUUGAAGUACUGUGGUGCCACUGGCCCACCCCUUCAAUAUCGUAUCGUGCUGCUUACAUAGAGGUUGGCAUAAGUUCAGAGCUUUUAAAGAAAGAUGGAAGACUUCACAAGGUGCAACACAACAUUGGUCGUGGUUCUUUAUUUUGAUCCAAGUACUCUACAACAUAUGCAGGUGCCAAAUUACGAUUUUUUAAAAAGGAUUGUUUAGAAAAAACAUCUGUGGAGUCAAUUGUAAUUGAAUGGAGUGUUUUGGCAAUUCACAAUAUGGAUCAAUGCUGAGUUAAAACAAGGUGAAGGACAUGGAACUCCAAAAGGUGUUUUUAUCCAUAGGUCAAAUAGAGCAACUUUGGAUGGUUUCAUCCAAAGUGUGACUUUACAUCACUCUUGAGACUGGUGUGAAGGUCCUCCAAUAGAAAACAUGACUAUACAUUUUCAUUAGAAUUAGAAUUCUAAACCAACUAUUCUGACGAAAUACAGUAGUUCACCGGUCGGCAUAUUUUCUGCAUACAUACCCAUUUGACAUGUUUUUUUUAUUAAGAUUGCACUUUUUGUUUUCCAUAUUCAUAUCUACAGUGGUGGAACAACCUUUGUUCUGACAGUGCACAGUUGAAACGACACGGAAACUUUUCCCACCGCGCAUUUAACCACAAGCGGAAUAUUUAUUAACGCAUAGUGCGCUCAUCGUGCCCUCUGUUUCUUGACCAUCUACGGCUGGCCGCGAGAUUCCUGUGUACAUCGUCAAGUACCGUACUCUUUAACUGCCCUGCUCGCGAUGGUGCAUACGUGGAUUAAUACACGCAGCAUCUUGUCUCCCAGAGUAAGUAAACGUCGUUUGAGUUAUAUUCUUUGUCUUUCGGUAAAGCCACGUAGAUAGAAAAAUAAUAAAAAAUAUCACGACGUUUAGAUCGCAAUAAAGCAAUCGUCAUCAGGUGAAAAAAUGUAGCGGGAGAGGCUGAUGAGGCAGGAAAAAAACUAGCGGGAGAGCUGCUAAAGCAGGAUGUUAUUUCGUUCUAGAUUUGAAGCUUUCGUGACUGCAAGGAUUCAUAUUCUUAGGUUUUUUCGGUAAAGUCACGUAGGUAAACAUUUUAAAUUAAUAAAAGUAAAAUAUAAACCACGACGUUUCGGAGGCAACACAAGCCUCCGUCUUCAGGUGUUAUUUCGGUUUGAGAUGGGUGUAGCCCAAGGGUAAGUGGGCGGGGCUAGAGAUGGAAUUUGCGUGUAAAUGUAAGAUCGGAGAGCUGAUAUACCUACACGACUACGAAGCUGUGGAGGUGGCCAUUGUAUUGUGAGGGAUUAGCAUGUCAAUUUGUUAAUGUAAGAUUAGCAUGUCAAUGUAAGAAAAUCUGGCACCACCGAAGCUGUGGAGGUGGCCAUUGUAUUGUGAGAGAAAAGCAUGUCAAUGUAACAGCCACCGUGGCUCCUUUCCCUCGAUGUGGCGGUGGCUCUCGUUUUUUAACAGGCUAAAUGUCUCACUAACACAGCCACCGUUGCGGUGGUUUUCUUAGAGUACUGUAUACAUUUUAUUUAAACAAUAUACUGUACAACGUAUAUUGAACACUAAAAUAUAUUUUGAUUUAAAGCUUUCGUGACUGAAGGGAUUCAUAUUAUUGUUUUUUUCUGUAGUCACGUAGAAGGGAAAUAAAAAAAAAUAUAUAACAACAAUUCUCACGAUGUUUCGACUGCAACAUAAGCAAUCAUCAUCAGGUGUGAAAUCCACAGCAAGAAAAUUUGUAUGUAGCCCAAGAGUUUCACACCUGAUGAUGAUUGCUUGUGUUGCAGUCGAAACGUGAGAAUUUUUAUUGUUUUAUAUUUGUAUUAUUUCCCUUCUACGUGACUUUACCGAAAGAACCAAGAAUACUAACAUAUUAAUCAUACUUUAUAUUCAACAUACUUCCUGUUUCAUGUUUGGGUUAACGUAGGUUAACAAAACAAAAGGAGGCGGAUUGUAUUACAAACCGUGAACCAAACCACAUUUUACCUCUACGAGUUUGUGGAUCACGCAUUUGCCGAUUGCAACUUUUCACGAACGUAAUCCCCACCGCGAUGGGCAACGUUUUUAGGUUGUCUUUGCUUUUUCCCCCCUCGUCUUCUGUACAUGUUUGACUAAACAAGCCACGUGGAGUCAU